UCCCCUCCAUUUUUGGCUGAAUCUGAUCUGCACAUACCCACCCCAUCUACAUGCGACCCCCGCAAAUCAUCUACAGUACAACAAAACCAUCACAUCCCUCUGGACAUUCAUGCCUAGGUACAUGUACAUAUAGUCUAUGAAAAAGCAAAUAGAAAUACUCCAUCAUGGCCAGCAACAGCUCCCACGCCAAUGACCGCAGCAACCUCACCAAGCGCAUCCUCCCGGAAAUGGCCCUCGCGCCAGGCCGCAACGCCGACUUGGAAGCCCGCGUCGACUCUCUCCACCCCGCGGCCCGAGACUCGGCCGCCGGCCGCUUCAGCAUCGCCGGCAACGCCAUCGUGACGGGCGGAACCGGCGCCAUUGGCACGGUCGUGUCGAGGGCAAUGCUCCAGCAUGGCCUGUCCGGGCUGAUGCUGUUUGACCUCAACAUUGGCGCAUCGCGGGACGUCGUACAGUCGCUGCGGCGGGAGUUCCCCGCGGCCAAGAUCACGGCGCAAGAGGUUGAUGUCACAGACGAGGGAGCCGUUGCUGCAGCUAUUGCGGAGACGGUUCAGUUAUUAGGCUCGGUAGACAUGUUGGUAUGUCUUGCUGGCAUCGUCGGGUGUGCCCACGCAUUGGACAUGCCCAUCAGCCAGUGGCGCAAGGUGCUCGAUGUCAACACCACGGGGGCUUUCAUCUGCGCUCAAGCCGCAGCACGGCAAAUGGUCGCUCAGGGGAACGGCGGGCGAAUCAUCUUCACGGCAUCUAUAUCGGCGCACAGAGUGAAUUUCCCACAGCCGCAGGUCGCGUAUAACGUGAGCAAGGGGGCGCUGCUGAUGCUCAAGAAUUCGCUGGCGGCGGAGUGGGCGAGGUACGGCAUCACGGUCAACAGCAUCAGCCCUGGGUACAUGGAUACGGUGCUAAAUGAGGGUGAAGGGCUGGCGGCAGCGAGGAAGAUUUGGAAUGAGAGAAAUCCGUCUGGCAGGAUGGGCUUGCCGGAGGAGUUGGCUGGGGUGGUGGUGAUGAUGCUGAGCAGGGCCGGGACUUAUAUGAAUGGGGCAGACGUUGUUGUGGACGGAGGAGGACAUGUAUUUUAACGAUGCAGUUUGACGCAAAUUGCUAGAUUCUUUAUCAUGAAGAGGCGAAUAUACCUAGUUUAGUAGUUUCAAACAUAGAGAAUGUAUACAUAUUUAUCGAGUAC